GGGCCGUCGGAUGAGGCGCAGCAGUCGCAGCAGACGCAGCAGUUGGACGAGGCGAACCAAUCGGAUGAGGCGCAGCAGUUGGGCGAGACGAACCAGUCGGAUGAGGCGAACGAAUCGGGCGAGACGAACCAGCCGAAUGCACCGGGCGAGUCUAACCAACCGAACCAACUGAAGCUCGCCGAAAUGAUAGGCCACAUGAACGUCCUCCUGGAUGCCUUCGGGAGCGCCAAAACGGGGAAGAACAACAACUCCAGCAGAUUAUCCAAGUUCUUCACCCUGCACAUGGACGAGAGUGGGCGAGUGAAGUGUAUGCAUGUAAAGAAGUUCCUCUUCGAGAAGGACAGGCUGAUCGGGAGGGGCGGGACGGGUGACGAGAUGGGCGGCAAGAUGGGCGGCGAGAUGGGGGACGAGAUGGGGGACGAGAUGGGCGGCGAGAUGGGCAGCCAAACGGGCAGCCAAACGGGCAGCCAAACGGGCGGCCAACACGAGAAUUCCUUCAACAUUUUUUACUACAUCCUUAACGGGUCAAGCGACAAGUUCAAGGAAAUGUACUACCUGAAGGAUGUGAAGUAUUAUAGGAUGUUGCGCUUCAGGGGUUCGCAGCGGAAUGGCAAGAACUUCCGAAAUGGCAAGACCAUGCGGGGGGGCGAAGGGGAGGUGGAGGAUGACGAGAUGAACGGAGGCGAGGUGAAGGACGACGAGGUGAAGGACGACGAGGUGAAGGACGACGAGGUGAAGGACGACGAGGUGAAGGACGUCGAGGUGAAGGACGACGAGAUGAACGACAACUCGAACGGCAACUCGAACGGCGACGCGACGAACGAGAAGGCGCCCUCAACAGACGAAUCGGCGAAGUUUCUUGAAUUACUGAAAUCACUGAAUUACAUUUUUGAUGACGACAAGGAAAUCGACUUUGUCUUUUCUAUCCUCUCAGCAUUAUUACUCUUAGGGAAUGUAGAAACGGUGAAACCAUUGAGACAAAAAUCUUUAUUAAGAAAGAGUAUCCUGUGUGAAAAUUCUCUCAACUAUGAACAGCUACAACAUUGUGUAGAAGAUUCAAGUGAUGAUUCAAUAAUUGAUGAUAAUAUAAAGAGCUUCCUUUUAGCUAGUAAAUUGCUCGGUAUCAAUCCAGAAGAACUGGUGAAAUACUUCACUACAAAUUAUGUAUUCAAUGAUAUAUUACUUAUGAAGGUACAUAACGAAAUGAAGAUCUAUAGGAAAAUAGAAGCUUUUAUUAAGACCACUUAUGAUGAGUUGUUUAAUUGGGUUCUAUAUAAGGUGAAUUGCAAGUUGGGGGUUCUAUUGGGUGGAGAGAUGGGAGGUAAUCAGAAUGGAAGUGGUGAGGCGAACUACAUAAGUGUACUCGAUUUGGCCUACUUUGAAAAGAGAGAAAAAAAUUCCCUCACUGAAUUAUUAGUUAAUACUAGCAAUGAAGCGGUGCAUAAAAUGGUUGUAGAUUUUUUGUUCAAAAAAAGGAUUCAACUGUGUAGGGAAGAAGGAAUAGAAACAGCCGUCUCCUCCUCCUGUAACUUCGAUCAGAUUGACAACGAAGGAUUGUAUAAUGUCUUGGUUCAGAAAGAGGAAGAGUCUCUGUUUUCUUAUUUGGAAUCUCUGUCUAUGAAGAAAGUCACCGAGAAGAGUAACCUGCACUCUUUAAUAGUAAAGAAGUUCUCCAAGGGGGGAUACAUAAAGGAGGGCUUUUCUAAUGUCUCGGAGAAGCAGAGUAGGACCUCUGCCCCUUCUUCCUCCUUCGUCAUUGUCCACUCAUGUGGUGAAGUAUGCUACUCGUCGGAACAGCUUAUCAGCCAGAAUAUAGAAAUACUGACGAAUAACUUUAUUGACAUGGUGAAGAAAUCGGGCAACCCAUACCUAGAGCAACUAUGCUGCAGUUACAAUUAUGAUCCCAGUGGGAACAUCGUAGAGGAGAAAAGACGAUACAGCAUUCAGUCUGCUCUAAAAUUAUUUCGACGAAAGUAUGAGUCCAGAAACCAGAUGGCUGUUACUAUGGUGAGGAAUAACUUGGUCGAACUGAUGAAGGUGAAGGAGAGUACUUUUUGUCACUUCAUAUUUUGCAUGACUUCGAAUCAGAACAGGAAGACAGGGGGAGGGGAAGUUAUAAAUUUGUUUGAUGAGGAGGUCGUCCUCGAGCAGAUACGGAGCCUGUUCCUUUCACAGUUCAGACAGCUCAAGGGCGCUGGGCUCUUCCCGCAUGCCUUUUACUUCGCGGAGUUGGUGGACCUCCUGGAGGAGGCAAAUGGGGAAGCGGCAAAUGGGGAAGCGCAAAAUGGGGAAGCGCAAAAUGGGGAAGCGGCAGAGGGAGACGCGGCAGAGGGAGAAGCGGCUAAUGGAGACGCGGCAAACGGAGAAACGGCAAAGGGAGACGAGACAAACGCAGACGAAGCAAACGGAGAAAUGGCAGAGGGAGACGCCACAAACGCAGACGCGGCAAACGCAGACGCGCAGGGGGCGGGCCUGGACUAUCCCCACGCAAACGCUAAGCAGCGUGUCGAAGACAUGAUGAGGUUGCACAACAUCAGUAAGAGCGAGUGGGCCAUGGGAGAAAACCGAGUCUUCCUCACAGACGCUUCUUUAAAAAUUCUGAUUCAGAAAAAGUGGGAACAAUGCAUACAGAAAAUGCUUCCCAAGUUGGAUGCAGAAAUUAAUGAUGAUCAGAUGGUGCACUCUGGGGGAGAUGAUUAUGACUCCAAAGUAGCAGGGUUGAUAAACCUAGAGUGUGUGAGAAUUAGCCAAGUGUACAGAAAAGAAGAUGCUAAAAUGAUCUACCAAAUGGCGAAACAAGGAAUGGGUUCUGAAUCGCAAGAGGGGAGCAACUGUCUUAAGGAUGUUAUGCAAGUUAUGCAUCUAGAUAAAAUAACGGAGUUGUAUUGUCACGGAGGGGAUAAAGGAAAGGAGGACACGGGGGAUGCAUCUAAUGUGCAUGGUGAGGGAGAUGGCUCGAUGAAAAAAGGAGGAAACGGGUACGAGAACCAAGACAGUAAUGUCAACAAAACCGAAGUAGAGAUGUGUGGUAUUAUGCAUGUAUUGAAUAACGUGCCCACGUGUAACGCCAAGAUGUGUGACCUGAAUGAAGCUUUCAAGGGGUGCAGCCCUACGGAGAUGCCCCUGAAGGGGAGCUGCACCUGUGGCAUAGGAUUGCCUAACUUCUGCAGCAGGCACUCGCAGUCUGGGGAGAUAAAGUCGGAGGGCAGCGCGGAUGGAAGUGUAAUGGGUGACGUGGAGCAAGGAGAAGUGGAGCAGGGAGAAGUGGAGCAGGGAGAGGUCGAGCAGGGAGAGGUCGAGCAGGGAGAAGUGGAGCAGGGAGAAGUGGAGCAGGGAGAAGUGGAGCAGGGAGAAGUGGAGCAGGGAGAAGUGGAGCAGGGAGAAGUGGAGCUGCAUCGGGAGGAAGAACAACAGGGAGAGGUGAACGGAGAGCCAGCCGAGGAAGAGUUACCAAAUGGGGAGCAGCUCAAUGGGGAAGUCCCCGAGGAGGAGCUGCCCGAUGAGGAGCUGCCCAAGGAGGAGAUGCCCGAUGAGGAGUUGCCCGAGGAGGAGCUGCCCGAGGAGGAGCUUCCCCCCGUGCAAGUUACAAACAGUGAAGAAAAGAAAAAGAAGAAAAAAAGAAGAAAGAAAAAGAAGAGAAGAAGCAACGUGAGCAACGACACGGCAGAUGCAGGAGAAUCGCAGGAGAACGAGUUAGAUGUGGAAAGGGCUGGCUCUGUGCCGGGUGAAGUAGACGCCGGGGAGGAAGCGGCGCAGGGGGUGGAGGUGGUCAAUUUGAAAGAUGAUGAAGCAGAGGGGGAAGAGGUGGAGGAGGCGAAAGAUGAACCAAACGAGGGGGAGGAAGAGGUGGUCAAUUUGGAAGAUGAUGAAGCAGAGGAUGAACAGGUGGAGGAGGCGAAGGAGGAAUCGAUGCAGGCGGACGAAGUGGAGGCGAACGAAGUGGAGGCGCACGAAGAGCCGGACGACGUAGAAGAGGAGAUGCCCCAAGCGGAGGAGCUCGAGGUGCCGGCACUGGAAGUGGAGGUAGACAAGGAAGGGGCAGAGGUGGACGCGGCAGCGGUGGGAGGGGAAGCGGUGGAAGGGGAAGCGGUGGACGGGGAAGCGGUGGACGAGGUAGAGGUGGACGCGGCAGAGGUGGACGCGGCAGCGAUGGAAGGGGCGGCGGCAACCCCGGUAGACGAUAUGAACCCCUUCACCGAUACAGAUGCGGCCGAUGAAGUGAACCCCCCGCAUCAAGAAGACGAAAACUCGACGAAGGACGAAACGAAGAACCCCAAGGACGAAGAUGCAGAUGAGGAAUAUAUUGAGUACAACCUGAACUGCUUUAAAGCAACGGCAUCAAAAAAAAUGGGAGAGUUAAAUAGCAUGUUGCUAAGUUGCGCUGGAGAUGAAGUGCAUAUGAUUCAAAAUAUGCUCGACUGUUAUUUAUGUACCGAAGAAGGACAUCAAUAUGAACAUUGCUUUAUAGAACCCAAUUUUGGGAACUUGUUAGAUGGAGGAAACAACGGGUUCACAGAAUACACCACUGAAUUAAGAAACCCAAAACAGAAGCACUUACUUUUGAGUCACCUAAAUGAAAAAUAUAUCACCCAUUCAGAUGAAAAAAUGCAUCUAAUGGAUAUUUUAAAAAAUAUAAUCACUAGCAUGGAAAAUGUGCAUAAUAAAAAGUGGAAUAUUUUUUUUACAUCUUCCGAUUAUUACUUCAAAUCCUAUGUCUCUAACGAAGAUCAACUGUGUUUGCAAAACGAUUCCAUCGAUUUAGACAAUAAGGUCAUGUUCAAUGAAGAGUGCAACUAUCAUAAGAACAAGAAGGACGAAGUGCAUAAGCAUAGAUAUAGUCACAUCGUAGAAUAUUUAACUCUCCCCACAGGAAAGGAGAUACACGAAAUAUGCCUUUCCAACAACGCGGAUAAAAAAUAUAUAAAAAAUAAUUACAGGAUUCUUUGUUUCCGUUCGAGGAAGGGUUCUAAGUUGGACUUCAUGAAUGCUAAGGCGUUUUAUACAUCCAUAGAAUAUAAGAAGAUCAAGACUAAGAACAUAACUCAUGUGCAUACCGACUUCUCCUACAUGGAUGAUAAAAUGAAAUGCAAUUUUAAGCAACAUGUAAUUAAUGAGUUCAUUAAUAAUCCCCAUAUCAGCAUGGAAGAGUUGGGAAGCAGCUUACUCAAUUUGGCUACCUACUUUUACUACGAAAAUCGGGGUUCCUGGUGCGUCUUCGUGUCGAAGAAGCGCGCCUUCACGGGGGUUAUCAAAAUAGUUAGGAAUAGGUACAUACGCAUGACGGCGAAGAAUAAGACGAAGAAGUACCACAUCGUGCUCUUCGAGACGCCCGUCUGA